AUGAUGAUCGUCGUCAUCGACUACUUCACUAAUGGAUCGAGGCCAAAGGUCUGUCCUUUACUAAAGAAGCCGACAUGGAGCGGUUUAUCUAGAAGAACAUCAUUUGCUAGUUUGGCUGCUAGCAAUCGCAAUGGCCAAGCGGAAGCAUCCAACAAGAUCGUUCUAGACUGCCAAAAGAAGAGACUGGAAGAUGCCGAAGGAAAAUGGCUCGAUGAGCUGCUUGGAGUCCCGUGGGCUUAUUGCAUUGCCAACAAGACCUCAAUUGUCGAAACCCUAUUUUCCCUCACCUACAAAACUGAAGCAAUCAUUCCCCCUUCAUAUCAUUGUUCCAUCAAUGAGUAUCGAGGUAGCCAACAUUUAUCAUAA